UUAAUGUGGGAAUGUAUCCGAAUAUCUGAUUGAUUGAGUGAAAGUGUUUUAGAUGUGUAUCCGAACGAUGAGAGUGAGAUGAUGAACGAGAGGGCAUGAAAGGGAACGAACGAGAGAGUACUUUGCGUGCAUUAUGCUUUACGAUGGUUUUUUACGACGACACGAUUGAUUGAAGACGAUGUUAAUUAAGAUUAAGAAUAGUUUUAAAGGAUUUUGAUUGUUGUAAAAGCUGCUAAAUAAACGAUAAGAAGAUUUCCGAGCCGUUUCGCUGUUUUUAUCCCUACAAAUUGUGGGGGCUCGUCCGGGAUACGCAAAAUCGGCGAGCGGCGGCGUGCAGGAGCACGUGUCCGACGUUGGAGAAGAAGACCCGUUACAGGAUAGCGCGAGCGCGGCAGCGGCGGAGCGCCUGCGGCGUUGAACGUGGAAAGUAUAAUACGUAGCCAGGAGUACGAUUUUACGACGUUUAUGAUGCCAAGAAACCGAAGUAAGAGUCAAUCGUAUGACGACGAAGAUUGCGGCGUACUCGAUCGGCCAGCGCGUGCUACAUUUAAUUACGCGGAAGAUGUUAUAAGGAAGUUCGACGGCAGGGACAGGGCAUAUCCUGUAACAAAGUGGAUUCAAGAUAUAGACGACAAUGGUGAUAUCUUUGAAUGGUCGCAGACACAAAGAUUGCUGGUGGCGCGGCGUUCAUUGACUGGAACGGCUGCGUUAUGGCUGAGCUCAGAAAAAACUUUCAAGUGCUGGGAAUCGCUCAAGCUAGCUAUCUCCAAAGAAUUUCCAGACGCGAUCGACGCAAAAACUAUCCAUGAGAUGAUGAGUGCUAGAAAGAAGAGGCCGAAUGAGUCAUGCAUCGAUUAUAUGUUCGCCAUGAAGGAGCUUGGGAAAAGAGGGAAAAUGGCGGACUACGUAGCCAUUAAAUACAUCAUUGAUGGUAUACGGGACAACGAAAUCAAUAAAAUAAUGUUGUACGGCAUUACCACAUACUCAGAGUUGAAAGAGAAGCUUAAAAUAUAUGAGAUGAUCAAGGAGAAGACCCGUUAUACCGAAAAAGGAAAAGAUAGUAGUAAUAUUCGCAAGGAAGAAGUUUCAUCAUACAGAUACAGGUGCUACGACUGUGGGGAGAAAAAUCAUCGGAGUGAAAAUUGUCCGCACAGAAAUCUAGGGAAAAAGUGUUUCCGAUGCAAUGGGUUUGGACAUAUUUCCCCAAAUUGCCCUGUGAACUCAAAAUCAUCAUCACCGGCUGCACCGGUCACAUCUUCCGGGUCCGGUACCAGUGCGGAAACAUUACGAACACAGUCGAAGCGGACAUUCGUCGCAACAGCUCUAGGCAGUGCAGAGAUCGACGAUCGAGAUUAUGAGGUUGGCAACACUGACCUUGCGGCGAUUGGCCGACAACAUGACAUGGCGGACGGAAAGUGUCAUGGCGGCGAUGUUGACGUUUUGGAUGUAAACAAACCUGGAAUUUUUACAAAACCAGUGAAAAGUGUAAAAAUGCUGUGCGGGAAUAUAACAGAUGCGUUAGUCGAUUCGGGGAGCGAUGUAAAUUUAAUAAGAUUGGACUUCUACAAAGAAAUAGGGUCUCCCGCGUGUGAUAGUGAGUGUGUAAUAACUCUUACCGGCUUAGGACUUUCUAAAAUCAAACCAAUUGGACAAUUCCGGACAAGUAUUGAGAUCGAUGGAUACACGUACCGUGAUGUUAUAUUCUAUGUUAUACCCAAUGAAACUAUUCCAUUCAAAGUGUUAAUUGGUCACGAAUUUCUACAAAAUGUCAUUACGGUUAUGAAAGGCGGAUCUGUAUGGAUGAAACCUAAUGAUUGGUUGCGUGAUGUGGAUUGUUGUGCGUGUUCUGUUGAUGUUGUAGGUCAUGUGAUGGACCAGAACGUGAGAGAAGAAGUAGCCAGGUUAGUAGAAUCUUACAAGCCACAGCAAACUAAGGAGGCGCCUAUCGAGUUAAAGAUCAUACUGAAGGAUGACAUACCUGUCGCUCAACGUCCUCGGCGCAUCGCACCCCGAGAGCAGGCAGAGGUAGACAAGCAGAUUAGAGAAUGGUUGGACCAGGGAAUAAUUCGGGUAAGUUUUUCCGAAUAUGCAAGCCCGCUUGUCUUAGUAAGAAAGAAAGAUGGUAGUUUGCGAGUAUGUGUUGACUAUAGGUUGAUUAACAAGAAGAUGGUUAAAGAUGAAUACCCGCUACCCAUCAUAGAUGAACAUAUUGAUAAGCUGGCUGCUGCGAGGGUGUUUAGCGCCCUAGACCUUAAGAAUGGAUUUUUCCACCUGAGAGUUAGCGAGGAAUCUAUAAAGUAUACCUCCUUUGUUACUAUGACGGCUCAGUAUGAAUUUUUAAGAGCUCCGUUUGGCCUAUCCAUAUGUCCCAAGGUUUUCACCCGUUUUAUCUCAAUAAUAUUCAGGGAUCUGAUUACUAGAGGUGUUGUUGUAAUAUUCAUAGACGAUUUGUUAAUUCCAGCAUUAACAGAGGCACAAGCUGUCGAGAGGUUGCAAGAGGUGUUGCAAGUUGCUAUGGAGUAUGGACUAGAAAUAAACUGGUCAAAGUCACAGCUGCUGGUGCGGAAAGUGGAGUACCUUGGCCAUGUAAUCGAAGGUGGAGCAGUUACGCCAUCGCCAGGAAAGACCGAGGCGGUCCUAAAAUUUCCUGAGCCCAGAAAUGAGAAGCAACUGCUCAGUUUCUUGGGACUUUGUUCAUAUUUUAGAAAGUAUAUUCAAAACUUUGCUACUAUAGCCAAACCUCUCACAGAUUUGUUAAGAAAAGACAGAAAAUUUGAGUUUCAUGAUGAACAUAGAUUGGCAUUCAACACUCUGAAGAAUAAAUUGGCAAGUAAACCUGUUUUAAAAUUUAUGAUUCAAAAGCACCCACUGAGCUGCAUACUGAUGCAUCUUGUGUGGCAUAUGCGGCUAUACUACUACAGAAAGACGUUAAAGGUGAUCUCCAUCCUGUAUAUUAUAUGAGCAAGCGAACUACUGAUGCUGAAAGCAGAUACACAAGCUAUGAGUUAGAAGCCUUGGCUAUCAUCGAAGGAAUAAAAAAGUUCAGACACUACCUUUAUGGAAACCAUUUUAAAAUAGUUACUGACUGCAAGGCAUUUCAGAUGACAUUAAAUAAAAAGGAUUUGGCAACAUCACCCAGGGUAGCAAGAUGGAUUUUAUUUCUGCAAGAUUAUGAUUUUACUAUUGAGCAUCGUGAGGGAUCAAGAAUGAAACAUACAGAUGCACUGAGCCGAAACCCAUAUAUUGCAACCAUAUUUUCAGACUUGCAUAGUUCAUUGAGACGUGCACAAGAGACUGACACUGGACUGAAGGCCAUUAAGAAUAUACUGGAAGAAGGAAAACCAUAUAAUGAUUUUUAUUUGCAUGAUGGAUUGUUAUGUAGAGGAAAGGAAAGAUGCUUGGUUAUACCACAAAGGAUGGAGGUGGAAAUAAUCAAGAGAGCACAUGAUAAUGGUCAUUUCUCAAAGAAAAAAACUAUUGAAUUGAUAAGUAAGGACUAUUUCAUAACUCACCUGGAUAAGAAAGUUGAAGAGUAUAUAGCUAACUGUAUCCCAUGUCUCCUUGCUUCACGAAAAGAAGGUAAACAAGAAGGAUAUUUGAACCCC